CUUUAACUCUGUCUAUUGUGCUUGAACAAAAUCAGCAAGGGAGAAGUUCUUUAUUAUUUUUCUUCUCAGUUCCUACUCUACCUGUGUUGCGGAUCUGGAAGUUGGAUGCAAAAGGUGUUACCUGCAAGAAACAGGGAUAAAUAAAUCCAGUAGCAGAUGAAGCAGCGAGGUGAAAAUGUGCAAAAAGCCAGAAUGAAUGCAUCCAUCCACCCACCCGAAGCUGCUUUUCUAACUCAUGUGUGUAGCAGAGAUUUCCAUUCAGAAAAAAGAAAACAAAAACCAAACCAAAACAAAACAAAACCCCAGAAGUUUCAUUUUAAAUCCAAAUGUCUUUUAGGACUGUUUUUAAAAAGAUUGAAGGGAAGGCUGUCUUCCAGCCAGUGGCUCUGGGAAUAGAGGACCACAGGAGGAGGUCAGCUCCUGCCUUGCCCUUUCAGAGGGGGAUGAACAAUUUACUUCUGCUCUCUGGUGGCAGGGGAUGCAACUCGGCAGAGGAAAGUUACUGUGAUCCAUCUUCUGAAGCGCAGGUGCAAUUUAAUGCUCCGUUACAAGAGGAUAGGGCGCAUGAGCACAGGCCUAGCCAGCCUAGCCCCUGGACACAGCUGGGACUGCUUGCACAUCCUAAACUUCAUAAGACUGGCCCUUUCUUGGUUCCAUUUAGUAUACUUAUUGAAUCACACAAAGGGUACACGCUAAUCCCUACCUCUGUGAUCCUGGGUUUAGGAGGAGCACCGCUCUGGUCUGCCAAAUGCACUUAUCUCACCAUUGCUGGCAAUUCAUAUGCUGAAAAAGCAGGAAAAAAUGGGAAGGACAUUAUCAACCAAUACUUUGGGGUCUUCUUUCUGAUAUUUCAGUCCUCUGGCAUCUGGGGAAAUCUUAUCUCAUCCUUGAUAUUUAGCCAAGCUUCCAACAAAGUGGAAGUCUCGGAAGAAAACCUGGCAUGCUGCGGAGCAUAUGACUGCAUGACUGAUACCACUAACGCCACUGGGUCAGCAGAACCCUCCAACUCCUUAAUCUACACUCUGCUAGGGAUUUACACUGCUAGUGGUGUGCUAGCUGUGUUGCUGAUUGUUAUAUUUCUGGACCAGAUCAAAUCUGACCAAGCAGAGACUGAGAAAGAAAUACUAGAGACACCAUCCUUUUGGUCUACGUUCCUAGCAACUUUCCAGCAUCUUAAAGAUAAAAGACAGUGUCUUCUAAUCCCUCUGACAAUGUACAGUGGGUUUGAACAGGGAUUUCUUUCUGGUGACUACACAAAGACCUAUGUGACCUGUGCCCUGGGGAUACAUUAUGUUGGUUAUGCGAUGAUCUGCUUUUCAGCUGUAAACUCCCUCUGCUCUCUGCUCUUUGGAAAGAUCUCUCAGUUCACGGGUAGAAAACUUCUGUUUGCAUUAGCUACAGUUACAAACAUGGCCUGUAUAAUAGCAUUACUGCUAUGGAAACCUCAUCCUAAGCAGCUUGCUGUCUUUUUCGUAUUCCCUGCUCUUUGGGGCCUAGCUGAUGCCAUUUGGCAGACACAAACUAAUGGACUCUAUGGAAUUUUAUUUGAGAAACACAAGGAGGCUGCCUUUGCCAAUUACCGUCUCUGGGAAUCAGUUGGAUUUGUCAUUGCCUUUGGUUAUAGUACCAAACUGCAAGUCUACAUCAAACUGUACAUUUUAUUGUCUGUGCUUGUGUUGUCUAUGGUGAUGUAUGGAGCAGUUGAAUACCUGGAAGCUAAGAGCUCCCCUGGAACCCCUACUAGUACAAAGAAGGAAAAUGUAGGACCACUCACCCAGGAAACACUCAUGUAAUCCAACAGGGUCAGAGCGAUGGAGGCAAACCAAACUGGCCGGCUCCUACAGGCAUGUCUCCAAGGGUGUUCCAACAUGUACUGUCUCCAGAAAGGAAGUAAAGGAACAGAUUUCAAGGCCAGUAUAAUGCAAAUGUCUUAGGAGUAAAAAUCUCUUUUGACAUCUCAGCUUUAUAAGUGGAGAUUAUCUGACUUCACCCUUUCAGACAGAUGAUAAACUAAAUGUUUUCUCUUUUAUUAAUUAAUAAAUGUAAACAAGACACAAAGUUCUCAUAUUUUUGUAUCUGUGGAUCAGACCUAGUACCAUAGCUUUACAAUCAAACCAGAAAAGCCCAUAUGCAACAUCAGAAGAUGACAGCAACUGGGGUUGCCCAGCAGACUGCAGACAACACACAUCAUUUCAUGGAACCACUAUUUAUCAAGAUUUAUCUUGUUCUGCAUUCUUUAACACCUGCUCUAAAUAACAUCAAGUU